CAUACAAUUUGUAAGUUUUAGUUACAAUUUUAGUUGUCUAGAGAUAUGGAUGCCAUGUUUUCUCGCCUUCUCUUCCUGAUAAUUAUUCUCUCUUUAUUUGCAGGAAGAGGCAAUGCGGAGAAAGCACGGGCGUUGUUUGUAUUUGGAGACUCUUAUGCCGACACAGGAAAUCGCAAUCCAUACAAUCAAAGCGUAAACCAGCCAUGGAAACGACCAUACGGUUUCACCUCGCCUGGAUAUCCCGCAGGCAGAUUUUCUUCUGGAAAAAUCCAGACAGAUUUUUGGGGAGAUAUUUUAGGGCUUCCUGUUCCCAUUCCUUAUGAGCUGUUGAAAAGUCAUGAGUGUAAAGCAACUGCAAAUAAGGUAAGGGAAGGAGUGAAUUUUGCAGUGGGAGGCAGUGCAAUAUUUCGAGCCUAUGGUUUCAUAACAGUAGCACAACAGGUGAAGCAGUUUAAGAAGCUGAUAGUAGGAAGACAGGGGUUCGAUUCUCACAAGCUCUCGCGGUCUGUAGUUCUUAUCUCUGUGGCCGGCAACGACUACGGUGCAUUCCUUUCUACAAGUAACGGCUCCAUUGAGGGACUAAUCGAUCUGGUGACACCUGUGGUAAGCGGGAUAAUUGAGGCUGUAAAAGAUCUGUAUGAAUGCGGGCUUAGGAAUUUUGCGCUGAGUAAUAUGUUUAGUUUGGGGUGCAUGCCUCAGAUCGGCAGAACAUCCUGCGAUUCAACCUACGAUAACAUUACAGCUCUUCAUAUGAGAUUAUUAAGGGAGGGCGUAGAAAGCCUGAGAUCGAAUUUCAAGGAAAUAUCCAUCAUUACUUCAGAUUUGGUGCCUGCGACUAAUUAUAUUUUCUCUAAUCAUCGACAAUAUGGUUUUGUGGAAUUACUCGUUCCCUGCUGUGCUGCAAGAGGUAGGGUUGAUCUGUGUGGAGAAGUGGACCAAGUAGGAAGGCCUUUAUUUGAAGUCUGUUCUAACGUAGAGGAAUUUUUUUACUGGGAUUCAGUCCAUCCGACACAGCGAGGAUGGCAUGCGAUAAUGUCUCUGUACAGUAAUGGAGUGAAAGGGGAUAAUAAAAUAAUGAGUUUUAUAGAGGGUGCGCCAAAUGUUAUUGCGUGGCUACACUCGAUUGGAUUCGUUGCUGACAACGUUUCAUCCUCGUAAGAUUUUGUCGGCAUUUCUUGAUUCAAUGAAUGUUAUCUAAAGAAGCUAGAAUUUUCCGAGAACUGAAAUUAUAAAUCAGAUUGUUUUGACCCGUAUCCUUUUUCAUCCAAAAGAGUAUUGUCAAUAUCAUUUCAUUGAUUUGGACUUUUUACCUCAAACGUUCAAGAGAAAGUAACAAUUAAAUCGGUCUUUUAUUUGA